UUUUUCCUUUACCAAAAUAAUGAAUUCUCUUAAAGUUGUAUUCUCUCAAGUUAAGAAGAAGUCGAAUUUACUGGGAAUAUUUUAAACCGAACUCACUUAGAUAUAUUGAAAAGAGAUAUACUUAACAAAGAGUUUCACACACAGUACUGUUGCAUCCUCAUACUGUGCUUUUCUUCCUUAUCUGGCUAUGGUGGACAACCCAAGAACUCCAAAACCAGCAGCAUCUGUCUGAUCUCCACCUUGAAAUUAGAGCCCUGAUUGUAAAUCAUCUUGUGAUCCUCUAGCUAUAGCUAAUUCUUGGAGUGAGGUUUAGGAAAAGUAUUUUCUUCUGCACAAGAUUAUACCACUGUUGGAGUAUAUUAUACAAACAUUGAUUUUGUGCCAUAAUUUUCACAAGAUUUCUGGGUUUUUAUAACCUUAUUCUUUUGUGGAUUCAAAUUGAUAAUUCUUCGACGGGGAAAUAUAUAUAUAUAUAUAUAUAUAUUCCAUAAAUUAUGAAGGAAAUGAUGAUGAAAGAAAUACAAUGAUCACAAAUUCAAGGGAGAAAAGUCUUCAAGCGAAGCUAGAAGGCGAAAACAUCAACCAAACCACGCUCUUCAAGGCAUCAACAUCAUCAUCAUCAUCUAGUUCAAGGCAAUGGGGAGGAUUUAGAAAUCCAAGAAUUGUACGCGUUUCGCGUUCUUUCGGAGGGAAAGAUAGGCAUAGCAAGGUUUGCACCAUAAGGGGAUUGAGGGAUAGGCGAAUUAGGCUUUCAGUACCUACAGCAAUUCAAUUGUAUGAUCUUCAAGAUAGGCUUGGUCUUAACCAACCAAGUAAAGUCAUAGAUUGGUUGCUUGAUGCUACAAAAGAUGAUAUUGAUAAACUCCCACCACUACAAAUUCCUCAAGGGUUUGGUCCUCAAUUUCAUCAGCAGAUCCUUCUUCCUCAAGAAACAAUGCCGCCGCCUCAUCUUCAACCUUCUCUUGCUUCCUUCUUUGAUGCAAAUUCUACUAAUUUCAUGAAGGAGGCUGCAGAACAUCAAACACUUUCGAGUAGUAUGAAGACAAAGUAUUGGGAUAUAGAUGCUGCAGUGCUGAAAGCAAAAGGCAAAGAAUUGUUUGAAAGAGGUAAUCAUAAUAGCGUUUCAGAUCAUCAGAAAAGUGAUUCAAUUAUCAGAAUAAAUGAAGCAGAAAACCAAGAUGGGAUUGGAAGUGGUACUGGUUUCGGUGGACAACUCUUUGGUCAGAAAUUCUUUCCCAUGUCGAGUCAUCCUUCUUUACCUGGGAUGCUCAACAAUUCCAUGGCAUACAACUACUACCAUUCAGAACCUUCAAACUUGUCUUUGUCUCACUUUGGAGGCCAUGGAUUUGCAUCCCAAAUCGAUAGCCAUGCUGGUAAUGUUUCAUCGCUUUCACUGUCAUCUCCCCUGCCAUUAGCAUCCGGGCCGUCUCAAUUGUUCUUCUGUCCACCUAUACCACCACCACCACCACCACUUUUCAGUCCAUAUCCAACUCCAUAUAUGACCAGUACUAGUUCACUAGUAGAGAGUGAUAUUCCAAAGCAAAUCAACCAUACCCAAUUGUUGAGUACCAGUACUUCAAGUUCACACCAUUUGUUACCUAAUUCUCUUAUGCCUUCUCUUCACUCUUCUAGUUGGCCAUCCAAAUCCUUUCAUACUAUUUCUAAUCCAAAGCAGCUUCAUUCACAUAAUAAUGAUGAAAGCCAAACUCCAGAAAAAGGGUCAUAGUACAACUGGUUCUUAAAGGUGUCUAAUAGAUACAUACAUAUAUACACAUUUAUGUGUACAGUCAGCCUUUUAUCUAGGAAACUGGGACAAUUUUUUUUCUAAGAGAACUCUCAUUAUAUGUAAUAAGGCACCUCUUCUAUACAUUUGCUGCCCCUAUUCCAUAUAAAUGAAGGUCUCUCAAGCAAAAUUUAAUCUCUCAAAUAAAAAUUUGUCUAGGAUCUUUAAUAAAAGACUGAUUGUAUAUGUAUGUGUAUGCUGCUACAACGUUUUGGACAUGACAACUGAUGAGUUGCAUACGUCGAUAUUUCUUGGCUUCCUGAACUCUUCAAUACAAGUAAGAUACAUUAAUUAAAUUAAUUACAGUUUCAUGCAGAUUUUAGUUAAUUAUAUGAUUUUGAGCAACAUUUGGUAAUUGAAGAAAGUGUGAAAAGUUUGUAAGCAUAAUUUGAUGUUUUAUACUAUUGAUGAGAUUUUGCAUACUAUAUUUGAUUAAUUUCUUU